AUUGAAUCUCAAUUUCCACCAUUUCUCUCUAUCUCCCUUCCCUCUCCUCUUAAUACCUCCGCCUUUCAGCGUUAAAGGCGUCCAUUUCAUUCUCCCCUCCUGUCCUCUCGCUCGCUUGCUUCCCCCCACGAACCCUAGCUCGCCGGUCAGAAUUCGCGAUGAAGGGAGGUAAAUCCAAGUCCGAUGCCAAGAACACCAAGUUGUCGGUGGCUAAAAAGCCUGCUAAGCCGACGAAGAAAGCCGCUAAAGCAGCCAAAGACCCCAACAAGCCCAAGCGGCCGCCGAGUGCCUUCUUCGUCUUCAUGGAGGAGUUCAGGGAGACAUACAAGAAGGAACACCCCAAAAAUAAAUCAGUUGCAGCUGUAGGUAAAGCUGCAGGAGACAAGUGGAAGUCUUUGACCGAUGCUGAGAAGCAACCCUUCAUCUCCCGAGCUGAGAAGAGGAAAGCUGAGUAUGAGAAGAAGAUGAAGGCCUACAAUAAGGAACAGGCCGAGGGACCCAAGGACGAAGAGGAGUCCGAGAAGUCGAUGUCCGAGAUUAAUGACGAUGAGGAUGACGAAGAGGGAAGUGGAGAGAUGGAGUGGCGGCAGCAGCAGCCGGUCGACGCCGGCGUCGAUCAUCGUCAGACCCAGCUGGGAAGCGGAAGAGGGAUUCACAACAAUGCGGCGGCGCAGGCGCUGAUUGGAAGUGGGUUAGGUGUUAAAGUGAUGACCGACGAACAAAUGGAGAUUCUUCGGAAGCAAAUCUCCGUUUACGCCACGAUUUGCGAGCGGCUCGUCGAGAUGCACACAUCCUUCGCCCUCAAUCGCCCUGAAUUUUCCGGUUGGAAUGCUUAUGGCGACCCUUUAUCAUCCUGCGGUCCAUCCAGGAUUCCUUCAAGGCAAAGAUGGGCGCCAAAGCAGGCACAACUGCAAAUCCUCGAGCGCAUCUUUGCGCAGUGCAAUGCAAAUCCAAGCAAAGAAAAGAUCAAGGAGAUCACUGCUGAGCUGUCCAAGUACGGUCAAGUUAAAGAAGCCAGUGUCUACAACUGGUUUCAGAACAGGAGGGCUCGCUGCAAGAGGAAGCAGUCAUCAGCUCCAGGAGCGCCGAAAGCUGUUAACUUUGAUGUUGAAGUAGAGCUGGAUGCUGCUGCCAAGGAGAAGGAGAAGGAGAAACCAGCAGAAGAUGAGAACGAGAAUGAAAACGAGCAGCUUAUCGUCGAUCAGCUCUACUUCCACAGUCCAGAGAUUGGGAUUGACCAACUGAUUGGUAAAUUGGAGGUGUGUGAAGGGUACAAUUUAUACUGGCAGGACCAGCAAAAUGGCUUCUCCUGA